CCGGACGCCACCAUGACAGCUCAAUUGCUGCUUCUCCUGCUAUUUGUGAUUUAUAACCCUGGGGAGCUAUUCUUGUGACAUCAUCCAGUGAGGAAUCCUGUCAUUUCCCUUUCCGCUACCAACGCAAAAUGCACUACUACUGUCUCCCUAGUGACCUUCUUAAAUCUCAGCGCUGGUGCGCCACCACAGAAAACUAUGACCGAGACCAACAAUGGAAGUUUUGUCAGGAGGAGGAAAGGCCAACAGGGUACUGUGAUCCUAACCCCUGCCACAAUGGGGGUGUCUGCGAAGCUAGGAAAGCUGGAUUCCACUGCACCUGCACAGCUGGUUUCCACGGGAGACGCUGUGAGACAGCCUGCAGAAGCAACCCCUGUCUGAAUGGAGGUCAGUGCAUACAGCUGGGUCAGAACUUGGUCUGCAGCUGCCCUGAAAAAUUUUCUGGACCACUGUGUGACAUAGAUCACACUGAAAUCUGCUACAGUGGGAAUGGGCACCUAUACCGAGGCAUGGCUCAGAGUAGUUCCUCAGGGGCACCUUGCCUACCCUGGGACUCCCCGAUCCUGCUUAUGGAGUAUUCCAUCAAACUCAGGAAUGCAGUAAGCCUGGGCCUAGGAGAACACGCCUUCUGCAGAAAUCCAGAUAAUGACACCCAGCCAUGGUGUUUCUUGCUGCAAGACAGACGAAUCACCUGGGAGUAUUGUAACAUUACCCGCUGUCACCCCCAAAGUGCCGGUGAACUGAUAACAAAAGCGACAGGAGCGCCUCUGGAGGAGAUGGCCACGAGCAGCCACGUGAAUAGCAAACCCAAGUCUACCACUAGCUCAGCUCCAGUUUGUGGACAACGCUACACAAAAGUCAUUUCCUCACGCAGCCGUAUCAUAGGGGGUGUGGUGGCACUUCCUGGUGCCCAUCCCUAUCUUGCUGCUCUCUACAUUGGAGAGCAAUUCUGUGGAGGAAGCCUCAUCGAUUCCUGCUGGAUCCUGACUGCUGCACAUUGUCUGGAAUUCAGGCCAGAUGUGUCUAGAAUAUCAGUGGUGCUUGGGCAGAUCUUCUACAACACCAGCACUGAAGGCACUGUGAAGUUCCAGGUGCAGAAGUAUCAACUGCAUGAAAAUUAUUCACAAAUAACUGAAGAGCAUGACAUUGCUCUGGUGCAACUGAAGGAAAAGUCCCCAGGACGUUGUAUUGGAUUUUCAAACUCCAUUUCACCUAUAUGUCUACCUAGUUCCUUGGAGACAGCUGACAGCAAUGGAUCCUGCCAAAUUGUAGGAUGGGGACAUAUGUAUGAAGGAGCUGACAAAUUCUCUGUAUAUCUGCAGGAGGCAGAUGUGCCCAUCAUUCCCCAUGAACAGUGCCGUUCCCCAGAUGUACAUGGGUCCCACAUUACCCAACACAUGCUAUGUGCAGGAUACCUGGAAGGAAGAAUUGAUGCAUGCCAGGGAGAUUCUGGUGGGCCCCUGGUAUGUGAAGAGCGAGGCAAGGCCACCAUCCGUGGCAUUGUCAGCUGGAGCACAGGCUGUGCCCAAAGGAACAAACCUGGGGUUUACACCAAUGUCGCUCGCUACCUCAGCUGGAUUCAGAGCAACAUGCAUUAGGCAAGCCAGAGGGUGGAAAGCCAGUGAAAUUGAAAUCAUGGGCCAUGCAGCAGCUCUCCCCAUGAGCUUGAACAUCUCCUUCUCUCUUAUUGUAUGUGCAGUUCCCUAGGCUAGAUGCUGAACAUUACAG